AAUGUCGAUUCACUCCAGUGCUCAACCGUUUGUGGAAGUGAAACGAUCGCAAGAUGGAAGUGAGUUUGUUUGCCGCUAUCGCAAUCGGUUCCCUAGUUCUGUUUGUAUAUCGUUGGGUUUCGAAAAAGUACGAGUACUUUCUUUCGAAACCGAUUCCGUGCAUAAAACCGACCUUCCUACUGGGAAGUAGUGCACCGGUAAUUUUUCGAACAAAAACUCUUAAGUCCCACAUUGAAACUAUGUACAAUACAUAUCCGGAGUGCAGGAUAGUAGGAUUUUAUGAGCUCAUGAGACCAGUAUUUAUGUUACGGGAUGCGACCGUAAUAAAACAAAUUGCCGUGAAAGAUUUUGACUUCUUCAUGGAUCAUUCUCCGUCGAUCAGUAACGCGUCACCGGACGGUGAGGAGAGUGGCGCGACUUUGUUCGGUAAUUCACUGUUUGCGUUACGUGGUCAAAAGUGGAGAGACAUGCGUUCAACGCUAAGCCCGGCCUUCACAGGAAAUAAAAUGCGAUAUAUGUUUGGGUUGGUAGCGGAAUGUGGCCAAUCGUUGAUACAUUUUUUGAACGCUGAAAUAAAAGAAGAUAAACCAUUGGAGUAUGAGAUGAAGGAUUUCUUUUCGCGAUUUGCAAACGAUGUGAUUGCAACAGUCGCAUUCGGGAUUAAAGUUAACUCGUUGAAGGAUCGUCGAAAUGAGUUCUAUACGAAUGGAAAACAAAUGACAAACUUUAAAUCACUGAGAGUUCAUAUAAAGUCCUUGCUGUGCGAAAUGAUGCCCCGUUUGAUGCAGAAAUUGGGCAUUGAUUUCGUGGAUUCCGACAUGACGAGUUACUUCAAAAGAAUGAUUAUCGAUAAUAUGAAGCAAAGAGACGUACAUGGAAUCGUACGCAAUGAUAUGAUUCAAAUGCUGAUGGAAGUUCGCAAGGGUUCGUUAAAGCACCAAGAGGACGAAACCGAGCAGAAAGAUGCUGGAUUUGCUACAGUUCAAGAGUCUAGUGUUGGAAGAUCGUCUCACUCUCGAAUAUGGACUGACAACGAAUUGGUAGCACAAAGCUUUUUGUUUUUCUUAGCAGGUUUUGAUACUGUUUCCACGUGUAUGACCUUCUUAGCUUAUGAAUUAACAAUCAACCAAGAUAUUCAGCAAAGGUUGUACGAAGAAAUUAACGCAACGAAUCAGUCUCUGGAUGGAGCACCUCCAAAUUAUGAAGAUCUUCAGAAAAUGGAAUACUUAGACAUGGUAGUUUCGGAAGCGCUUCGCAAGUGGCCACCGGGAAUCAUAUCCGACCGUUUCUGUAUCAAGGAUUACGUGUAUGAUGAUAACGCAGGAACUCGCUUCGUAAUUGAAAAAGACAGCACAGUUUGGAUUCCGACGAUUGCUCUUCAUUGGGAUCCGAAGUACUAUCCGAAUCCGGAUUUAUUUGAUCCGGAGCGAUUCAACGAAACGAAUCGAUUGCAGAUUGUUGCCGGUGCAUAUUUACCGUUUGGAGUUGGUCCGAGAAAUUGCAUUGGAUCUCGAUUAGCAUUGAUGGAGGUCAAACUUGGUUUCUAUUAUCUGCUAAAGAGCUUCCGUUUGGAGCCAACCGAGAAAACGCAAAUACCUUUACAGCUAUCGAACAAUCUAUUCGGUCUUGAAGGUGAAAAAGGUGUGUGGGUGGCAAUGAAAUCGAGGGUUUGAGGAGUUUCCAAUAUAAUAAAUAAUCGUUAAUGAUAAGGUUUUGUAAACAAUGUAUUAGUUUAGUAUGCUUAGACUAGCGAACAAAGUAAAACGUAGAUAAUUGGAAAUGUC